GGCAGCAGGCCCCCGGACAGGACUUGAAGGCAGAGACUGGGGUGAGACAGCUGUCCAAGGCCAAGGCCAGGCAAGCGAAGCGGCGUUGGCUGCUCCAGAAUGAAUCACAGCUCCAAGAAGGGGAAGUAGAGCCCAGCUGGCGCUCGGCUAUGGCCUGUGAACCACCAAUGGGCCCCAGCGGGGCAGCCAGCCCACUGCCCACCUCCUCCCCGGGCUGGAGCGCCUUGCCUGGAGGGAGUCCUCCGGGCUGGGGGCAAGAGCUCCGCAAUGGCCAGGUGCUCACGGUUCUCCGGAUCGACAAUACCUGUGCACCCAUCUCCUUCGAUCUGGGCGCCGUGGAGGAGCAACUGCAGACAUGGGGCAUUCAGGUCCCUGCCGACCAGUACAGGAGCUUGGCCGAAAGUGCCCUCUUGGAGCCCCAAGUGAGAAGAUACAUCAUCUACAACUCCAGGCCCAUGCGGCUGGCCUUUGCUGUGGUUUUCUAUGUGGUGGUCUGGGCCAACAUCUACUCCACCAGCCAGAUGUUUGCCCUGGGGAACCACUGGGUGGGUGUGCUGCUCGUGACCCUGGCCGCCAUGAGCCUGACCCUGACCCUCAUGCUCAUCUUCGAGAGACACCAGAGGAAGGCCAACAGCAACACAGACCUUAGGCUGGCGGCUGCCAACGGAGCCCUCCUGAGACACCGGGUGCUGCUGGGGGUGACGGACACGGUGGAAGGCUGUCAGAGCGUGAUUCAGCUCUGGUUUGUCUACUUCGACCUCGAGGACUGUGUGCAGUUUUUGUGUGAACACAUUCGAGAGAUGAAGAUGAGCCAAGAGUCCUUGCUGCGAAGCAGAUUGAGCCAGCUGUGUGUUGUCAUGGAAACCGGGGUGAACCCCGAGACAGAGGAGGGGCCCGAGAACCUGUUGGAGGAAGCUCCUCUCCUGCCCGGCAGCCCUCAUCCCGAGGAGAGGCCACUCAUGCAGACUGAACUUCGCCAGCUUGUUCCUGAGGCUGAGCCGGAGGAAAUGGCCCAGCACCUGCUGGCAGUAUUUGGUGGCUACUACAUCCGGCUCCUCGUGACCUCGCAGCUCCCCCAGGCAGUGGGGACACGACACACAGACUCUGCAAGGUUUCCCUGCCCCUGCCAGCUCGUAGAAGCCCAUAUCCUGGGCACUGGGUGCUGCCCCUUCCUGGCCAGGUGACCUAGGGAGGAAGGCACCCAGCUUCCUGCAAGGCUGAAGGUGAGACAUCGGGAAGGCUUGGUGCCCCAGCUGGCUGCACGUGAGCCCCCAGGUGAGGAGAGAAGCAUCUAGGAGCACGCUGAAGAGUGUCAGUCAUGUCAGCAGCAGGGGUGGUAUCGUGCUCACUCCAGGACUCUGCGCAGAAAUGCCUGUUGACAUCCCAUGCUGACCCCUGGCCUUUUCAGAAGCUGCUGGUAGCCAAGCUGGUCCCACUCCAGACUACCCUGUGCUGCCUAGAACCAGGGGCACGGACGGAGGGCCACUCUCCCAUGCCUUUCAUUGUUUGGAGAGCCCAGGAAAUGUGAAGAGGACCCUACUGGGCCAACCAUGUGUCCAAAGCUUGGUCUCUGAUGAUGCUCCCAUCCUCAGCUACUUCAUGUCAGAUGGGGAAACUGAGCCUUGGAGAGGACUCUGCUCUCUGUAGCAUUACCUUGGCCCUCUAGAAUUCCUAAUCUGAAGGAAAGAAGUCAGUUCUCAGAAUGUUCCCCCCUUUUAAGUUUCUCCUGCCCUUUAUUUUAUGAAAAACAAUGGCCCCAUGUUGUUUGCUAGCACACACACUUCCAGGGGACAGAAGAAAGAAACCAACAGCAUGUAACUGAUGAUGGAACUCUUUGGAAAAGAUCGAUUCUGAUUUGUGGAUGUCUUUUGUUUAACGGCAUGCAUGCUUGUGGUUGUGGUUUUCUCCUUCAGGCCUAGACCCACAGUCCUGUAUUUUCUGAUACUAACACUGUCCUGGAAUGAAGCAUAAUCUGUCACUCAUGGCGUUCCAUGAAGAGCUCGGGGGCUUCCAGGUUCUCUGCUCCUGAGCAAGUUUGAAGACCGAUUAUUCCAUAGGCCCAAAUCCAAAAGACGUGCCCUGGCACGCAAAGGCUCCCCAACCUCCAGGACCCAGCCCUCAUCUGUAGUUUUGGCUUCAUCUCCCACAGAACUUCUUGCUAAGUUGAAACUUUUUCCUGGACUAACAUACCUGUUCCGUUGCGUUCGUUGAACUCCUGUGCAUGCUUCAAAGCCCAGCUUUACUUACCCUCCUUCAGGAAGCCUUUCAACAUAGAACAUGGCCUGCUUCGCUGCCUCCUCUAAAUUCUUAAUGUAGCUGCUGCCUUUGUUGAGGUUUUAUGUUAUUCUGCUUUCCUAUGCACAUGUGUAUUUUUCGAGCUAGACUAAGCUCCUGAAGGACAAAGAUCUCACCUUAUAAUUUUUGUGCAUGGCCUGGACCUGCUAAGGAAAAAAAAUCCAGUGGAUUGAGUGCUUUGUCAUCUCCAUAGUAACAUUUGCAGAUUGUGCUCUCUACUCAGUUGAAUGAUGAAGUUGGCACAGACCUGGGUUCUGGUCCUGACUGACAUUUCUGGCUGUGCAACUUUCAGCCAGUCCUCAGUUUACUCAUCGUUAUAUAAAAGGAUAUAUAGUGGACAGGUUGGAUGAUUCUUAAUUGCCCUUCCAAAGCCAAAGUUCUGGCUUUUUCUGUUCCAGUCUAGCCCUUGGCCUGUUAUGUUUUUAUCUACAUGUAGAAGGUCCUCUAGCCUUGCAUGACCGAGGUGUCCCAGACCUGAUGGGCCUUUGGACAGAACACGGGCCUAGCGAGCAGGAGACCUGGAUUCUCAUGCCGGGUGAGAAGCUUCCUAGAAGCAUGACCGUUGGCUACGUCACUUACCCUGUCCGAGGGCCAGUUUACUCCUUUAUAAAUGGAUCUGGUGAACAUGAAAGGUAAUUGUGUGGGUGACUUGCUGUGUAAGAGACCAGUCUGACUGUUUUCUUUCUCUGAGCCAGAGAAGAGAAAUUGUGGACAUAGACCCACCCUCGGAAAUGGCCAUUGUAGACAUUUCUCUUUAGAGAUUUCUCUGAGGGCAGCUAUGCUCAGUAAGAGUAACUCGUGGAGGCAGUCACUGUUCUUCUCACCUGCCGCAGAGGAUAUGCGGGCUGGGGACAGGAUCUGUAGAAGCCCGUCUUUAUCAUCCACCCAUAAAACCCUGGUAAGUCUCGUAAGAGAAUAAAAAUGUGUCUGUUAAAUGACGGAACAGGGCUCCUGGGUGGCUCAGUCGGUUAAGCGACUGC